AUGGUAUCUCCAGGAUGCGACUCUCCCAGCCUCAGCGAUCGCUCUCGGUACCCGUACUUGACACGGAUGACUCCCUCGGACCGGUUCAAGGUCACUGCUGUCUACGAGGUGAUGAAGAUGUUUUCAUUCCACCGUGUUGGCGUGAUGGACGGACCUUUCUACACUCAAGGCGCCAAGGACUUCUUCCUGGAGCUGAUUCAGCGGGACUUGGAUGCGGGCACCUAUGGUUGGACGGUCUUGCUGGACAGAACCGUCGGCAGUCCUGCCGACGCCAUCAGUGUAGCAGAUGACGUCCUUGCUCGUGAUUCGCGAAUCAACCUCAUGGUUCUCCCGGAGUACAUGGGCAUGUGGGUCCUGUGCCAGUUCUUCUUGCGCGACAUGCUUCCGCCGGACUAUGUAUGGUUCGUUGCAGCUUUCGGCAACUGGGUCAAUGGAGUCACUGCAGUCGUGGCUGAAACCACCGAAUGCCCAUGCACUGCGACCCAACUGGCCAGAGUUGCCGGGGGUCUCAUGAUCAGUGGUCGGUCGCCCAUCCAAAGCACCAGCGAUCUUCACGGGCUCUCGGGGACGAGACUCUCCGAGAUUUCGAACUACUACAACACCGCAUGCCAGCAGUUUGCCAACGGACAGGGUGCGUGUGAUUAUGUGUGGACGGGCUAUUUCUACGAUGGCCUUUGGCAUUUGGUAUCCUUGCUGCACACCUACUUGAUCCAGCAGAACCAUUCUGCAGCUGAGUUGGGUACUGCAUCCUCACGUUCGGCACUCUACGAGUUGUCUCUGCAGCAGGAUUACGUCGGCUUGACGGGUCGGGUGCUCCCGCCUUCAUAUGGUGACCGAGAUGGUGUUCAGCUUAUUCGGCAGAUUACGGGAGGAACCGGAAACGAGUUCAGCGAACUUGCAUACAGAACUGGAGACGGAGUGUGGUGGUUACGUGAUUUGCAGUGGAGCCCCUUUGAUAACAGCAAGGUGGUUCCCUGCAGCACUGGUGUUUGUAGCCUUGGUGAUGCUUUCGUGCCCACGGACCGGAUAAACCAGUGCCCUGCUGGCAGUGUCUUCUCAGUGCAGCUUGGCUGUGUCGACUGCGGCGUGGGCAGAUAUGCAACGGUGGGCAUGUCAGAAUGUGAUCCAUGUGAUGUGGGCACUUUUGCCAACCAGACGGGCCGUGCCAGUUGCCAUCCCUGCACAGCCGGCAGCUUCAACAACAUUCUUGGGGCGGAAGGCUGUGAGCUUUGCGGCAAGGGCUUCUUCGCAAACGAAACAGAAGCGACGGACUGUGCCAAAUGCCCCAUCGGCCAGUAUGGCCCGCAGAAGGGACUUGCAGAAUGCACGGAGUGCCCAGCCGGGAGGACGACAGGAUUCUCGGGCGCUGUGGAUCAGGAGGCAUGCCAGUGCCAGGGCGAGCUGUACCAGGGCACAUGCAUCAGCUGCGCUUUCAACACACGCUACGAAGCCGGCCAAUGCCUUCCAUGCUCGGAAGGUCUGAGGUGUGAUGGCAGUAGCACGGCGGAGGUGGAUCCUGGAUACUACGCAGAUCCAAGUGCUCCCUUCGACGUCUACAAAUGUCUUCCUCAAGAGUUUUGUAUCGGUGGAUCGCCCGGGGCAUGUGCAGGUGGCCGGGAAGGUAUUCCCUGCACGCAGUGCCCCGAGGGACAGGCGUGGGCAGUGGGGGCGUACGAGGAUUGCACAUCUCUCAGCCUGGCGGGCUGGCUCGCUGCUGGUUUAGCAGGUAUGCUGGCAAUUCCGGCACUCUACUUCAUGAUGAACAUGAAGCAGACUGCCAAGGCCACCACGAUGCUCGCCACUUCAUGUGCCUUGGCCAUGACGAUCAGCAUGCUACAGAACGUGGGCAUCGUCGGAUACAUAUCGUUCUCUUGGCCAUCCGAGCUGCAGUGGAUGUUCGACCUCAUGAGCCUCUUCACCCUGGACUUGCAGGCAGCAGGCUUCGAUUGCGUAUCCAGCUCGCCAGUGGCCAGCUACCACAUGACGGCAGCCAUGCUGCCAUGCGCUCUUCUCUGGCUCAUCGUGUGCAGCCUCCUCAGCAAGCUCCUGCCGGCCCGUUGGCAGUUCGAGAGCGCGAAGGUCGUCAGCACCCUCGGACAGUUCGUACAGGUAAGCUUCACGAUCUACAGCAAGGUUGCUCUGUCUCCGAUGAUGUGCUAUACGCACCCAAAUGGCAAGAGCGGCAUGCUGGAGCACAAUGGAAUCUUCUGUUUCGAGAGCGCCGAGCACACACCCAUGCGUCUU